AUGAAGUGCUCUGCCUCAGCUGCAUUUGCCCUCUUGGCCGCAGCCGCGACUAGUGUUCAAGCAGCCAAUAUCGAACUUGUUGGCUCCGUUAUGAACAGUGCUGCAAAGGAAGCCUUUGAGAAGAGUAAAACCCUCGUCUAUGAGGGCGGCAAGACAAAGCGCGAUAUACCCAAGGUUUAUGAGCCUGACCCCAACCGCGACUACAACCUAGAAGAUGGUUACAUCUUUGUCGUGCAGUGCACCACUGUUGGAUUCAGACCCGAAUGCAUCUCCUUCGGUUCCGAGCCCGGAAAAUGCGUCUCCUACUUCGACUUCGACCCUAAGAAGGGCGAUGACCAGACUGCAAUCUCGGAUGCAUUUAACCACAACGUCACUUCCAUUUCUACCAACACUGGCGGUGUUUGUCAGUUCUACCACUACACGGGCUGCGAUGAUAAGCUUGACGACAGAGGUCUCACUACUUCAUACAACUACAAUCUUGGCGUAGCCUUGCCAGAGGACCCUCGAACCGUCGAGUACUUCAGGAACAUCACCAGCUGGAGAUGUUGA